AUGCGGCGCUACUUAGGUUCCAGCCUGUUCCUGCUGCUGCUGGCCAGCCUCCCCCUGGCCCUGGGGGACCCCAUGUACUCCAUGAUCACCCCCAACAUCCUGCGUCUGGAGAGCGAGGAGAUGGUGGUGCUGGAAGCCCAUGAUGUGCAAGGGGAUAUUCAGGUCACAGUCACGGUCCAUGACUUCCCAGCCAAGAAGCAAGUGCUGUCCAGCGAGAACACCGUGCUGAACAGAGCCAACAGCUAUCUGGGCCACGUAAACAUCAAGAUCCAGGCCAAAGAUUUAAAACCAGAGGUGGGGCGCAAGUUCGUGACUGUCCAGGCAGCCUUCGGGAACGUCUUGGUGGAGAAGGUGGUACUGAUCAGCUUUCAGAGCGGGUACCUCUUCAUCCAGACAGACAAGACCAUCUACACGCCGGGAUCCACGGUCCUCUAUCGGAUCUUCACCGUUGACCACAAGCUGCUGCCGGUGGGCCAGACGGUUGUCGUCAGCAUUGAGACCCCCGAAGGCGUUCUCAUCAAGCGUGACUCCCUGUCUUCUCAGAACCAGUUUGGCAUCUUGCCUUUGUCCUGGAACAUCCCAGAGCUGGUCACCAUGGGACAAUGGAAGAUCCAAGCCCACUAUGAAAAUUCCCCGCAGCAGAUCUUCUCAACUGAGUUUGAAGUGAAGGAAUACGUCCUGCCCAGUUUUGAAGUCCAAGUGGAACCAGCAGAGAAAUUCUACUACAUCGAUGACCCAAACGGCCUGGUGGUCACCAUCACUGCCAGGUUCUUGUAUGGGAAGAAUGUGGAUGGAACAGCUUUCGUCAUCUUUGGGAUCCAGGAUGGUGAACAGAGGAUUUCAUUGGCCAAGUCCCUUACCCGUAUUUUGAUCGAGGAUGGUACUGGGGAGGCCACACUGAGUCAAAAGGUCUUGCUGGACGGGGUACAGGCCCCCCGAGCCGACACUGUUGCCAACAUCCUGGUGGGGAAGUCCAUAUACGUGUCCGUCACGGUCAUCCUGCACUCGGGCAGUGACAUGGUGGAGGCUGAGCGCACCGGGAUCCCCAUCGUGACCUCCCCCUACCAGAUCCACUUCACCAAGACACCCAAGUUCUUCAAGCCCGCCAUGCCCUUCGACCUCAUGGUGUUCGUGACAAACCCCGACGGCUCCCCGGCCCGCCACAUCCCAGUGGUGACCCAGGACUCCAACGUGCAGUCCUUGACCCAGGAUGACGGUGUCGCCAAACUGAGCAUCAACACACAGAACAGCCGGCAGCCCCUGACCAUCACCGUACGCACUAAGAAGGAGGGUAUCCCAGAGGCGCGACAGGCGACCAGGACCAUGCAGGCCCUUCCCUACAGCACCCAGGGCAACUCCAACAACUACCUGCACCUCUCUGUGCCCCGUGCGGAGCUAAAGCCGGGGGAGACACUCAAUGUCAACUUCCACCUGCGAACGGACCCCAAGGAGCAAGCCAAAAUCCGCUAUUACACCUACCUGAUCAUGAACAAGGGGAAGUUGAUGAAGGUGGGGCGCCAAGUGCGAGAGCCUGGCCAGGACCUGGUGGUAAUGCCCCUGACCAUCACUGAGGACUUCAUCCCUUCCUUCCGCCUGGUGGCCUAUUACACGCUGAUCACUGCCAGUGGCCAGAGGGAGGUGGUGGCCGAUUCCGUGUGGGUGGAUGUCAAGGACACGUGUGUGGGCACGCUGGUGGUGAAAGGUGGCGAUAAAGAGGAGAAGCAGCAUCGACCUGGACAACAGAUAACCCUCAAGAUAGAGGGCAACCGGGGGGCCCGAGUGGGGCUGGUGGCCGUGGACAAGGGUGUUGUGCUGAAUAAGAAGAACAAACUGACCCAGAAGAAGAUCUGGGACACAGUGGAGAAGGCAGACAUUGGCUGCACGCCAGGCAGUGGAAAGGACUAUGCUGGCGUCUUCACGGAUGCAGGGCUGGCCCUCAAAACCGACAAAGGCUUCCAGACCCCUGAAAGGGCAGAUCUUGAGUGCCCGAAACCGGCCACCCGCCGCCGCCGCUCCGUGCAGCUCAUGGAGAAGAGGGCGGACAAAGCGGGUCAGUACCCCAGGGAGCUGCGCAAGUGCUGUGUAGACGGCAUGCGGGACAACCCCAUGAGGUUCCCGUGCCGGCGCCGGGCCCAGUUCAUCCUGCAAGGCGCCGCCUGCGUGAAGGCCUUCCUGGACUGCUGCGAGUACAUCACCCAGCUGCGGCAGAAGCUCAGCCGCGACCAGCCCCUGGGGCUGGCCCGGAGUGACCUGGAAGAUGAAAUAAUCCCAGAGGAGGACAUCAUUUCCCGAAGCCAGUUCCCCGAGAGCUGGCUGUGGACCAUUGAUGAGCUUAAAGAACAGGAGAAAAAUGGAAUCUCCACGAAGCUCAAGUACGUGUUUUUAAAAGACUCCAUCACCACUUGGGAGAUUCUGGCUGUGAGCCUAUCAGACAAGAAAGGGAUCUGCGUGGCUGACCCCUAUGAGGUUACAGUGAUGCAGGAUUUCUUCAUCGACCUGCGCCUGCCCUACUCUGUCGUGCGCAACGAGCAGGUAGAGAUCCGGGCAGUCCUCUACAACUACCGGGAGGCCGAAGAUCUCAAGGUGAGGGUGGAAUUGCUCUACAAUCCAGCCUUCUGCAGCCUGGCCACCGCCAAGAAGCGCCACCAGCAGACUCUAGUCAUCCCAGCCAAGUCCUCGGUGGCCGUGCCUUAUGUCAUUGUGCCCCUGAAGAUCGGCCUCCAGGAGGUGGAGGUCAAGGCCGCCGUGUACAAUCGCUUCAUCAGUGAUGGUGUCAAGAAGACUCUGAAGGUCGUGCCAGAAGGAAUGAGAGUGAACAAAACUGUGGCUGUCCGCACACUGAAUCCAGAAGAAAAGGGCCAAAAUGGAAUCCAGCGAGAGGAGAUCAAAGCUGCAGACCUCAGUGACCAAGUCCCAGACACAGAAUCGGAGACCAGGAUCCUCCUGCAAGGGACCCCAGUGGCCCAGAUGGCAGAAGACGCCAUUGACGGGGAGCGGCUGAAGCACCUCAUCAUGACCCCGUCGGGCUGUGGGGAGCAGAACAUGAUCGGCAUGACGCCCACGGUCAUCGCUGUGCACUACCUGGACCACACGGAGCAGUGGGAGAAGUUCGGCCUGGAGAAACGGCAGGAGGCCUUAGAGCUCAUCAAGAAGGGGUACACCCAGCAGCUGGCCUUCAAAAAACCCAGCAUGGCAUAUGCGGCCUUCAUAAACCGGCCAGCCAGCACCUGGCUGACAGCCUUUGUGGUCAAGGUCUUUGCGCUGGCAGCCAACCUCAUCGCCAUCGACUCUCAGGUCCUCUGCGGGGCUGUCAAAUGGCUGAUCUUGGAGAAGCAGAAGCCUGAUGGAGUCUUCCAGGAGGAUGGGCCUGUGAUACACCAAGAAAUGAUUGGAGGCUUCAAGAAUCCAGAGGAGAAAGAUAUGUCCCUCACAGCUUUUGUUGUCAUCGCGCUGCAGGAGGCUAAAGACAUUUGCGAGGGACAGGUCAAUAGCCUGGGGCGCAGCAUCAACAAAGCAGGGGACUUUCUCGCAGCCCACUACCUAGACGUGAGAAGACCGUAUACUGUGGCCAUCACUGGCUAUGCCCUGGCUCAGGUGGGCAAGCUGGAAGGUGCCCUCCUCAACAAAUUCCUGAACACAGCCACAGAAAGGACCCGCUGGGAGGAGCCUGGCCAGAAGCUCUACAACGUGGAAGCCACAUCCUAUGCCCUCUUGGCUCUGCUUGUGCUCAAAGACUUUGACACUGUGCCCCCUGUGGUGCGCUGGCUCAACGAGCAGAGAUACUACGGCGGCGGUUACGGCUCCACCCAGGCCACUUUCUUGGUGUUCCAAGCCUUGGCCCAGUACCAGAAGGAUGUCCCUGAUCACAAAGAGCUGAACCUGGACGUGUCCAUCCACCUGCCCAGCCGCAGCUCUCUGGUCCAGCAUCGCAUCGUCUGGGAAUCUGCUAGCCUCCUGCGGUCAGAAGAGACCAAGGAAAAUGAGGAUUUCACAUUAACAGCCAAAGGGAAAGGACAAGGCACCUUGUCGGUGGUGACUGUGUACCACGCCAAAGUCAAAGGCAAAGUCAGCUGCAAAAAAUUUGACCUCACUGUUUCCUUAACACCAGCCCCUGAACCAGUUAAGAAGCCUCAGGAUGCCCAGAGCUCCAUGGUCCUUAGCAUCUGUGCCAGGUACCUGGGAGACCAGGACGCCACCAUGUCAAUUCUGGACAUAGCCAUGAUGACUGGCUUCUCUCCUGAUACUGAUGACCUCAACCUGCUGAGCUCUGGCGUCGACAGAUACAUCUCUAAGUAUGAGAUGGACAAAGCCUUCUCCAAUAAGAACACCCUCAUCAUCUACCUGGACAAGAUCUCACACACCCAGGAGGACUGUCUAUCCUUCAAAGUUCACCAGUACUUCAACGUGGGGCUUAUACAGCCUGGGUCGGUCAAGGUGUACUCCUACUACAACCUGGAUGAGACCUGCACCCGGUUCUACCACCCGGAGAAGGAGGAUGGGAUGCUGAGCAAACUCUGCCACAAAGAAAUGUGCCGCUGCGCAGAGGAGAACUGCUUCAUGCACCACGUGGAGGAGGCGAUCACCCUGGAGGAGCGGCUGGACAAGGCCUGCGAGCCGGGGGUGGACUACGUGUACAAGACCACGCUUCUCCAGAAGGAGCUGUCCGAUGACUUUGACGAGUACACCAUGGUCAUUGAUCAGAUCAUCAAAUCAGGCUCGGAUGAGGUGAAGGAGAAACAGAGGCGCAAGUUCAUCAGCCACAUCAAGUGCAGAGAAGCCCUCAGACUGCAGGAGGGGAAGCAGUACCUCGUGUGGGGCGUCUCCUCCGACCUGUGGGGAGAGAAACCCAACGUCAGCUACAUCAUUGGAAAGGACACCUGGGUGGAGCUGUGGCCUGAGAAUGACGAAUGCCAGGAUGAGGAGAACCAGAAACUGUGCCAGGACCUGGCCAACUUCACUGAGAACAUGGUCGUCUUCGGCUGCCCCAACUGACUCCACCGCCAUUGUCCACCCAAUAAAGCUCAGUUAUAUUUCACAUCUC